UUGACAUGGACACUAUUGAAGUCAACAACCUUAACAGACAAUUUCUAUUCCGAAAAUCACAUGUUGGGCAAUCCAAGGCCAAAGUUGCUCGGGAUGCUGUCUUAAAAUUUAGACCUCACAUAAGCAUAACGCCAUACCAUGCCAAUGUCAAGGAUCCUGACUUUAAUGUGGACUUCUUCAAGCAAUUUAAUGUUGUUCUGAAUGGCCUUGACAACUUAGAUGCAAGACGACAUGUGAAUCGCCUAUGCUUGGCUGCUGAAGUUCCUUUGGUUGAAAGUGGGACUACUGGCUUACUUGGGCAGGUAACUGUACAUGUGAAGGGAAGAACGGAGUGCUAUGAGUGUCAGCCAAAACCUGCCCCCAAAACUUAUCCUGUUUGCACUAUUACUAGUACACCAUCAAAGUUUGUUCACUGUAUUGUAUGGGCAAAGGACUUACUUUUCACAAAGUUAUUUGGAGACAAAAAUCAGGAAAAUGAUUUAAAUGUGCGUUCUACUGAUGCUACGAGCUCAUCAGAACAUGUAGAAGAUGUAUUUAAACGUAUAAAAGAUGAAGACAUUGAACAGUAUGGAAGGAGAAUAUAUGAUCACGUGUUUGGUUAUAACAUUGAAGAAGCUUUAUCCUGUACCCCCAGUUUUACCGUCAGAUAGUUCUUGGCGUCAUUG